AUGGCUGCUUGCCCGCGGAAAUUUGACUCUUGUGAUCAAUCUCGGAUCAAACCGUGGAGCUUCCUCAGACAUAUCCUUGAUGCCAGCAUCUCACUGAGACGAUACCGCAAUACCACACAUGCUACAGACUGGCCCAUUACACACUCAAAACGACUUCGGGCAGCAAUUGCUUGCAUUUACCCCGUCAGCAACAUUGCAUGCUGUCUAGCCAUUCCCAACCAACCCCACGCGCAGAGACUUGCCGCAUUUCGCGGCCGAUACAGUACUUUUGUGACCUUCAACCUGAUUCUCACGAUGUUGUUUGCACUCUGGAACAAUCCACUCAUCUGGCUCCUUCACACCAGCUACGACACUUUCAACUUCUUUCAUCGAUGGACAGCACGCCUCUUUCUCCUGCAAUCACUGGUCCACGUUUUCGUUUUCGUUAUCAACACGUACCAUGUCGUUUACAAUGAGCAAGCAGGCUGGCAGAGUAUCGAAUGGGUGUUUGAACACUCGCUUUCAUACCAAUGCGAACUAACCCACUUGAUCGCAUUCACGCUCAUUACCGUCCUCUUCAUCAACCCCCUCUGCCACGCCCUAUACGAAACCUUCCUCUCGCUGCAUCGUCUAGGCGCCGUCAUCGCCAUAGCAGGUCUAUACGUGCACAGCAGCCAGCACGCACUCCCGCAACUGUCCUGGAUCUCCUUGGCCAUCGGGCUCCUGGCCGUGGAAUACUUCGUGCGCAUACUGCCUGCCAACUUUCGCUGGAGGGGGCAAACCUGGACGCAGGUGACAAUCGAGGCACUACCGGGCGAAACGACGCGUUCGUCCGGGUAUGCACGACUGGGGCAGAAAAAGCCCCCUCUGAGAUUUCGGCAAGAGGAUUUCAAGAUGGAGCGGGGGUCAAGUACCAUAUCCUGUGUCAUCCGGGCUAGAAGCGGUAUGACGCGCUCGCUGUACGAGUUGGCAGCUUCCAUGAAAGCCGGGGGCGUGUGCUUGUGGGCUGCAGUGGAGGGCCCUUAUGAUGGAUUCCACUCGCUCGAUGCAUACGACACCAUUGUACUGUUCGCGGGGGGAAUCGGUAUCACGCAUCAUCUACCCUUUGUACGACAUCUACUAGCGGGCUACAGCGACGCCAGUAUGCGCGUGCAGGAUCUCGGUCAUAUGGUGUGUUGCCAGUAUCGAUGCGGUUGA